UUGUUCAGCUUUUCCAGAAUCGAGACAUGAGAACUUUGAUCUUGAUCGUGCUACUGGCCGUCGCGGCCGCUGCGGUGUCUGCCAAGAGUAUUCAUCAGCACAAUGACGUCAGGCGAUUCCUCGGUUUACCAAGCAUCUCUGACAUCAAGGAGAAACUAACUGGAACGCUAGGAAACUUCAAGGACAAGAUACUGGAUGCAUUAUUGGAAGUGAGAGGAGAUAUCGCAACGGCUGCUAUUGAGGCGUUCCUGCGAUUACGACCAUAUAUAGAUAAACUAAAGAUUAUCUUCGACGAGAUUAGAAGUGUUACCGAAACGACAGAAAGUGACUGGGCAAAAGAACGUGAGCGCCUCCUAGAACACAUCAAGGACAUAUUUGACAUGGUCUUGGCAGAAGAGGAAGUGCAGGCUUUGAUGCAGAAAGUUCAGGAGAUGAUUGACAGCGCCAGGGAAACAGCCAAAUCUUCCAAAGAGAAAGCUCUGGACAUUCUGAAGAAACUCGGUGACUUGGUGUUGGGAGAAAUAGUUUCUACUAAAAGUUCAAAGCGAAGCAUCGACUCUUAUGGGAUGGACGAUCAUAUGGUGGUCAAACGCUUCCUCGGUUUACCAAGCAUCUCUGAUAUCACUGGCCGAAUCAAGGAGAAACUUACUGAGACGCUAGACAAGGUCCAGAACAAGAUACUGGAGACAAUUUUGGCUGGUGGAGACAUCGCUAUCGGUGUCCUUGAGACGGUCUUGCAAGGUCAGAAAACACUCCUACCAUAUGCAGAUAAACUGAGGAUCAUGUUUGAUGAUAUUGCAAGUGUUGCAGAAGCCACAGAUAAUGCAUGGGCCGAACAACGUGAGGGCCUCCUAGCGCACAUCAAGGAAAUGUUUGACAUGAUUUUGGCGGAAGAGGAAGUGGUGGCUUUGAUGCAGAAGGUUGAGGAGAUGAUUGACAGCGCCAGGGAAACUGCCAAGUCUUCAAAGGAGAAAGCUCAGGAGAUUCUCAAGAAUCUCAGGGUCUUGGUGUGGGGAGUAAUAAUGUCUGCCGAAAGUACCGCUGACCUGAUAUUCGGCAAGCGAGACCUUGAAUAUUAUGACAUCAACGACCAAAUGAUGAUGAAACGGUUCCUUGGCCUUCCGUCCAUUUCCGACAUCUACGACAACAUCAAAGACAGAAUUAUUGCGAGAAUUCUAGCAGGCGGAGAUAUCGCUUACGAUCUUUUGGAAAGGAUUUUGCAGAACGAAAAGAUUAAGCCAUAUGCAGAAAAGCUGAGGGCCAUCCUGUACGAGAUAAAAGAAGUUGUUUCAGCCUCGGAGCACGAAUGGGGCAAACUCCGCGAGCGUCUCCUCCAAGACGUCAAGGAUCUAUUUGAUAUGUUCAUGUCAGAAGAGAAAGUCCAGGCUGUUGUAGCCAAGGUGGCAGAAGCUAUUGACAAGGCCAGGGACGCCGCCGAGUCAUCCGCGGACUCGGCUAAGGCUAUCAUUGACAAGGUCAAGACUUACAUAUGGGCUGGAGUGCUGGCAGUUGGAGCACCCAUAGACCUUGUAGUCGGUGGUGUUGCUGGCAAGAUAUUUGAAACCAUUAUGGGCACGCCAGAGGGUAUCACAUCGGCAUAAGUUGUUCUCCCGCACAUUCUGUACACAUGUCCCAGUGUUUUUUGUCUUGUUAUAAAAAGAAAAACAUUUUUUUUG